CUUUUUCUUUGCAGAAGAAGAAGAACGAAAAUAGUUUUUAAAAAUUUAUGAAUUCUGAGUGUUGAAGCAUGGGAGCUUCUGGAAAAUGGAUAAAAUCACUGAUCACUCUAAGCAAAUCCCGCUCCAAACACCCCGAGAAGGAGAGUGUGAAAAGCAGGCUGUGGAAGCUAUGGAGGAGCGGAUCCGGGGGGUUCGCGACGCCGUCUUCCAGAGCCGGAAAAGGAGUGAAGUAUCUGGAAGAUUCCGAGGGAUCCAUAUCUUCGUUCGUAUCCGACAGCGCUUUGGCAGCUGCCAUGGCGACUGUGGUUAGGGCUCCGCACAAGGAUUUCGUCCUGAUCAAGCAGGAAUGGGCUGCAAUUCGAAUCCAGACCGCGUUUCGCGGUUUUCUGGCAAGACGAGCUUUGAGGGCGUUGAGAGCAGUGGUGAGGAUACAAGCAAUAUUUCGCGGUCGACAGGUUAGGAAUCAAGCUGCUGUGACAUUAAGGUGCAUGCAAGCUCUUGUUCGAGUUCAAGCUCGAGUUAGAGCUCAAUCUGCUCAGACACCUCUCCAAUCUGCAAAAACCAAAUUUGAUCCCAUCAAGCAAGCUGAGAAUGGAUGGAGUGAUAGACCCGGAUCAGUGGAAGAAGUGAGGUCUAAAUUACAAAUGAAGCAAGAAGGAGCCAUAAAGAGAGAAAGAGCAAUUGCAUAUGCCAAUUCUCAACUGAAACCAAGAACAACAAGCAAGAGGGUGAGUCCAAAUAUGGUGGACAAGAGCCAUGGGGACUUUAACUGGCUGGAUAGGUGGGUGGCAACUAAGCCAUGGGAGAGCAGAUCUGACUCAUCUGGCUCUGCUGUUGAAUCAUCUGGCCAUAAUUCAGUGAAGAUCAGAAGAAAUAACAUUUCUACAAGGAUUUCAGCAAAAGCACCAGUGAGGUGCCAAUUAACUGGUGCAUUAUCUGAUCAGUGCCCUGGGUAUGAUGACAGCACAACCAGUCAUUCAUCCAUGUCGUCGUCGAACGAAACAACAUCAGAAGAGGAGAGGAGAAGCAGCAAACCAAGCUACAUGAGUCUCACACAGUCCAUUAAGGCAAAGAAUAAACAGCAGAGAAAACAUAGUUCUCCCUCUAAGACCAUACAGAGGCAUUCAACAGAUGAUUUUCAGUUGUGUAGGAAAUCAAGCCCACUUUCUUCUAGGAGAAGUGCUGAUAAUGUGAAGAGCCUGUGCAAGGAUCUGUACCCGCCUAUUGCAGUUAUAUAGAUGAUGAUAGUGAAGAAUCAUCAAAAUUGGAACAAGAGAAAUUGGUUUUUUUUUUUUUUUUAAAGACUAGUGUUUAUUUAUGGUUACCCCUGGGUGGGUGGAUCUCAACAUCUUGUUGUGUUGAAACUGAUAAUAGGUUAAAGAAUGAGAGUGUAUAUGUAUCAUACAAUUAUAAUAUGAUAAUGUGUAAUGAGUGAGUUUGUUUACUA